AUGGCGGGUCAUGAGAGAGCGAGAGACGAGAGAGCGAGAGAGACACGAGAGACACGAGAGACACGAGAGACACGAGAGAGAGCGAGAGACGAGCGAGACACGAGCGAGACACGAGCGAGACACGAGAGAGCGACGAGAGAGACGAGAGACGGAGAUCCAGACGAGAUCCAGACGAGCAAGGCGCAGCUGAUCAAGCACACUAGCUGCUCCACCACCAACAGCGCCGGCAACAGCACCGGCAGCACCGGCAGUAUCCGUAUCCGUAGCAGUAGCAGUAGCGGUAUCCGUAUCCGUAGCCGUAUCCGUAGCAGUAGCAGUAUCAGUAGCGGUAUCCGUGGCGGUAUCCGUAGCCGUAGCCGUAGCCGUAUCCGUAUCCGUAUCCGUAUCCGUAUCCGUAUCCGUGGCGGUAGCGGUAGCGGUAGCAGCCGGCCCUUUCUCUCGCUCACUCUGUCUGACCAAAUGCUCGGCCCUCUCUCUCUCUCUCUCUAA